AUGUUUCAAAAACAGAUAUCUAACGAUCUAACUGCAUACGAACCUAUUCGAAAUGGAAUAUUAUUAGCGGAUGUGACUAUAGGAGCUCGGUUAAGAGAUCAAAAUGGUACUAUACGAUCUGCACAUUUGACACUUUCAUUAUCAGAACCUAUAGUUAAUGUCAUUACGAAAUUCUUAAGAGUUUUGGAUAUUGAAAACAUUCGUGCUGACGAUGUUUCACUAUCAAAGAUAUGUUCUGGAACUGAACAGAGAGAUUUUACUACAAAUAUGAGAUUCACAACAUUGAACGAUUUAAAAAUUAAGCAAAAUGACAUUCUCUGGUUCAUACUAUUGAUCGGUCCAGCGGCAUCACAACUUCUCCAGCUUAAUUUAUUUAGACAUGACCCUCCGUAUCAUGUUAUUUAUGACUGCGAUAAGAAUACAACCACACUAAAAAUGUUACUUGACUAUGUUAUCGAAGCAUUUGAACUAAAAUCAAUGGAUCGUGAACAAAUUCAUCUCGUCACCAUCGAGAGUAUUGAACUCAAUCAUGGUGAAGAUUCAAAUAAACUAUUAAUUGAAUUAGGUGUAAUUCAUGAGUCAUGGGUUUUUGUUGAAACUAUCGAAUCGUGUUCUCGCCCGAAACCAACAAUUCACGUUCUUUGCGCUCAUACAAACGGAGAUCUAUCUUUAGAGGUACCAUUUACAACAACAGUUAAACAAUUGAAGAGUGUGAUUGAAAAACAGUUGAAAGAUCGUAUUUUAAUUGAUUUCGCAUUGUUUAACCGUAUGCAUGAAAAAAUCUCUUUCACCGACCCAAAUCAAAAGCUUUAUGAUUUUGGUGUUAAACCUGGUCAGAUUAUCUACGCAUCGCUUCACCUAGCAUUUUCAGGAGAUCCAUUAUCUCUCAUGAAUACACGAAAUGAUUCGACAACAAAAUCGCUGUCGCUGAUUUCAAAACAACAAUCUGACGACGUUACUCUUUCCUAUGAAGAAUCGACAGCAUUUAGUCCAACAUUAGUUAAAGUUUCCGUUUAUAGUACUGUAGAUGAUGCAAUCAAAAAGCUCAAACUACCUCACGAAAGCAACUUACGGGGCCACUUUCAACUCUCAUGUGGAUCGACAUGUUUCACAAAUGAUGAACCAUAUCGAUGUUUAUCAAGUUAUAGUAUUCAACCCGGUGAUGUUGUUCACGUAAAACGUCCACGAAUGACACCUGUUCGAUUAUCUGACAAGAAUGAUAGCCUGUUUAGCACAUCUUCUCUUCGCAUGAGCAUCUCUGACACACCUGUUGGUUUGUCUAAUCUCGUAAACACAUGUUAUAUGAAUAGUGCACUUCAAUGUCUCGCUCACACUAUGCCAUUAACUCAAUUCUUUUUAAAUGGUCUUACUCAGAAUAAUUCCGAUGGAGAGAAAACCAUGGACUCUGAUUGGAAUCAAUUUUAUACAAUUGGUUCGGUGACAGGUUCGUAUGCUGAUGUCAUACGAAAUUUAUGGAUACCAAACAAAAGAUUUUCCUCUCUUUAUUCAAGAACAUUCUAUCCAGAUCAUAUAAAAGAAACCAUUGGCAAUCUCGCUCCACGGUUCGCCACAUCAGAUCAGCAGGAUGCUCAAGAAUUUUUACUAUUUCUUAUUGAUGAGAUGCAUAAAGAAAUGAAAAAAGACAUUGGAGAUGAUUCAAACACCAUCAUUGAAGAAUUAUUUUUUGGAUCAAUCGAAUCAACCAUCAUCUGUACCGAAUGUAAACACGCAGUAAAAACCACGAAUCCGUUUAGUAUUCUACCAUUACCACUUGUUCAAUCAGGUCGUCGAUUUCAUCUAACAUUUAUCGAAAAAAAUGGUAAAACCGACACGAUGACAAUCCACGUGCCUGAGAAUGGUCAUGUUAAGGAUCUUUUAGAAGCUUACAUCGAAUCUCGUCCUUUAUAUUGCUUUUUUUACCGUAUCAUACUCAUGACUGAUGAUGACCAACUUGAUUUGCAAACGCCACUAUGCGAAUUGACUGUCGAUAAUGUUGUUCUUGUUGAACAAGAUGAUUUUACAGGAAGUGAACCGUAUAAACAAUAUAAUAAAAGAACGAAACAAUUAACUCUCGAUGGUUGUCUGCGAGAAUUUUGCUCAAUCGAAAAACUCGAAGAUUCAUGGUUAUGCGAACAAGAAUCAUGUAGAAAACAUACAGAAGCGACUAAACAAUUGCAGUUCUCUCGUCUUCCUCAAAUUCUUAUUAUUCAAUUGAAACGAUUUUCUCAUAAAGAUGGCCAUCGAGAAAAAAUCGAAACAUUUGUUGAAUAUCCCAUGCAAGAACUUGAUUUAAGUCAUUUCUCGCCAUCAUCAUCAGAAGCUAUCUAUGAAUUAUUUGCUAUUAUUAAACAUACCGGUUCCAUCUAUGGUGGUCACUACAUCGCAUAUGCACAACAUGAGGCAAAUGGAAAGAGUACUUGGUACGAAUUUAAUGAUUCGUCGGUAUCUUCAUUUUGUUUGAAAGAUCAUAUUGUUUCAAAAGAUGCGUAUCUUCUCUUCUACAGUAGAAGAGAAAAAGCCAAGCAAUAA